AUGAAGCACGAUGAUGACGGCGAUACCUGUGACAGGCGAAGAUCUAGAAGUAGGACGCAGCGUGAUUCUAGAAGUAGAAGCAGACGUCAUACUGGUGACCUCUCUAGCAAGACCAAAAGGCCAUCAUCCUUUAGAGGUGAGCACAUCAGGCAGACAAGAUCAUCGACAAGCAGACAAAGGAGUACGCCGGGUCGUCGGAAGCAUAGUCGAAGUUCGAGUAGAUAUAAUCACGACCAUACUAGAGAACCUGAUGACGACGGACAAGAUAAAGAAGAACUACAGCAUCGACAGGCAGACAGUGACGAACAACAGUAUUCUGCUCAUCUGCAUAGAAGAGAGAAAAGUUUAGAACGACCGGGCGACGAUAAUUACAAGUCAAGCAAGAUAAAUAGCGACUUCGACUUCCAAGAAGAACCUACUUUUUCGUAUCAAGAGCAGCAGUUGUCUUCUCAUCGUCGAAGAACAUCAUUCAACAGCCUUGAAGAUCCUAGAAGAAGAUUUUCGAACGAACCUGACCAAGAUUUGUGGGGCAAGCGGGAGGAACAUAAUGAGCAUACAACUAGUAGUACUUCUUCUACAACAAGGAACAAUUUGAAUUUGAACUUUUCAUCUGAACAGCAUAUGAAGAUACCUUUUGGGGAAGAGCACAACGAGCACAGGAGUGCCACAGCCAAAAGCGCAGAAAGAUCUAUACGGGCACAAGAGACUAGUUCACACAAAGGCGGAACAAAGACAAGUAUGGGCCAACAAGGUAAAAGUAGAGGAAAGACUGCGACUCAAAGCGGUUCAAAGUGUCAAAGCGGCUCUAAGGGGAAGAAAUCAAAGGGAGCAGGAAAGAAAGGAAAGGGAGCAUCACUGGGUGCAACGAAAGGAAAGGCCUCGAAAAGUUCGGCUGAAAAAGGCAAGGGAAAGGACCUGGGGUAGAGGGUUUCGACCUAUGUAUCAUGAACAGACUUCACACACAUUUUUUUAUGAAGAAGUACUAAUGAAAAUUUUGUAAUAUGGAUUAUAGUCUCGAGUUUCGAUCUUCGCAUUCUAUCAUACGACUGCAUUUCUCUUAUUCGUAUCUCAAGUUCAGUAUACAAAGCUUCGCUCAAAGUGUCAGAAGCCCUUCAGUAGGGUUACAAUUGGAGAUUCAUUUGCAUGGUUUUGCAGUACUUUGAGACAUCCCCACUCCUACAAACAUCCCCACUCCUACAAUGCCCGCUGCUGGCUAAGAUCAUUAGGCAUGAUUAUGCGAUGUCUCUCU